AGCUGAGCAACUCACAUUUUCUUCCUCUUCGAUCUCUCUCAGUUUUUUCACUGAAGUAGUGAGAAGACGGUGUGGGAUCAGGGAUAAAGAUGACUUCGAACAGCAUGUCGGAUCCACGGAGGCAAAACAAGAUACUUCGGUACAAACCCCCCAGCACAGACUCAAACCCUACCUUGGAGGACCCUACCCCCGACUACAUGAACCUGCUGGGCAUGAUAUUCAGCAUGUGUGGCCUGAUGCUCAAGCUGAAGUGGUGCGCCUGGAUUGCGGUUUACUGCUCGUUCAUCAGCUUCGCCAACUCCCGCAGCUCUGAGGACACCAAACAGAUGAUGAGCAGCUUCAUGCUGUCCAUCUCGGCCGUUGUGAUGUCAUACCUCCAGAACCCCCAGCCCAUGUCACCGCCAUGGUAACCAGCGCUCGGAUACGGAGAGCCUCCAGAAGGAGGCCGGAGCUAGACUCAGACGCGAGGAGGAUGACGGACAGCUGAUCCACCCACCCCCAUCUGGGUUCCUGGGAAAGAGGAGAUGAGGGACGAGUGCGGUGUUUCAGUGCUCCAUCUCUCCCUGCUCGACUCUCUUUGAUAGAGUGCUGUGCUUUUCUACGCUUGCUCACCCCACAAGUUGAAAUAAUAAAAGUCACACUUUAAAGUAA